AUGUCCCCAGGCUGCCUCUGCCUCUGGGUCCUGCUGGUCCUGGGCUCCAGCUGGGCAGGCUGGGGGGCCACGGGGGCCGAGGCUGCGCGGCUGAGGCAGUUCUAUGUGGCUGCGCAGGGCAUCAGCUGGAACUACCGCCCGGAGCCCACAAACCCCAGUUUGAAUCCUUUUGCAACAACUUUUAAGAAAAUUGUCUACAGAGAGUAUGAAGCAUAUUUUCAGAAAGAAAAACCACAAUCUAAAACUUCAGGACUUCUUGGACCUACUUUAUAUGCUGAAGUUGGAGACAUCAUGAAAGUUCACUUUAAAAAUAAGGCGGACAAGCCCUUAAGCAUCCAUCCUCAAGGGAUUAAGUACAGUAAAUCCUCAGAAGGUGCCUCCUACCCUGACCACACGUUCCCUGCAGAGAAGCUGGAUGAUGCUGUAGCUCCCGGCCACGAAUAUACCUACGAGUGGACCAUCAGUGAGGACAGUGGGCCCACACCCGAUGACCCGCCAUGCCUCACGUACAUCUACUACUCCUAUGAAAAUCUGAUACAGGACUUCAACUCUGGGCUGAUUGGACCUCUGCUUAUUUGUAAGAAAGGCACCCUCUCUGAGGAUGGGAGUCAGAAGAUGUUUGACAAGCAGCAGGUGCUCAUGUUUGCUGUGUUUGAUGAAAGCAAGAGCUGGAGCCGGUCAUCAUCCGUCAUGUACACGGUCAACGGCUAUGUGAACGGGACGAUGCCAGAUAUAGCCGUUUGUGCCCACGACCACAUCAGCUGGCAUCUGAUCGGCAUGAGCUCUGGGCCAGAACUGUUCUCCAUUCACUUCAAUGGCCAGGUCCUGGAGCAGAACCAUCACAAGGUCUCAGCCGUGACCCUUGUCAGCGCCACGUCCACUACUGCAAACAUGACGAUGGGCCCGGAGGGGAAGUGGAUCAUCUCUUCUCUCAUCCCCAAACACUUUCAAGCUGGGAUGCAGGCUCGCAUCGACAUUGAGAACUGCGCAAAGAGGACGCGGAGUCAUAAGCCGCUAACACUGGAGCAGCGGCGGCACAUGAAGAGAUGGGAAUACUUCAUCGCUGCAGAGGAAGUCAUCUGGGACUACGCACCCUUCAUUCCAGUGAACAUGAACAAAAAAUACAGAUCUAUGCACUUGGAUAAUUUCUCCAACCAAAUUGGAAAACAUUAUAAGAAGGUUGUGUACAAACAGUACCAAGAUGAGACCUUCACCAAACGCCUGGAGGAGUCCAGAAACAAUGAAGACGGGAUCUUGGGCCCUAUUAUCAGAGCCCAGGUCAGAGACACGCUCAAAAUCACGUUCAAAAAUAUGGCCAGCCGCGCCUACAGCAUUUACCCUCAUGGCGUGACCUUCUCUCCCUUUGAAGACGAAGUCAACUCUUCCUCCGCCUCAGGCAGUAACACCAUGAUCAGAGCAGUUCAACCAGGGGAAACCUACACUUACAAAUGGAAUAUUCUGGAGUCUGAUGAGCCCACAGACAAUGACGCUCAGUGCUUAACAAGACCGUACUACAGUGAUGUGGACGUCACAAGGGACAUUGCCUCUGGGCUCAUAGGGCUACUUCUGAUUUGUAAAAGCAGAUCCCUGGACACGCGAGGCAUACAGAGAGCAGCAGACAUCGAGCAGCAGGCCGUGUUUGCUGUGUUUGAUGAGAACAAGAGCUGGUACAUUGAGGACAACAUCAACAAGUUCUGUGAGAAUCCCGAGGAGGUGAACCGUGACGACCCUAAGUUUUAUGAGUCAAACAUCAUGAGCACCAUCAACGGCUUCGUGCCCGACAGCAUCUCCACACUCGGGUUCUGCUUUGAUGACACCAUCCAGUGGCACUUCUGCAGCGUGGGCACCCAGGACGACUUUCUGACCAUUCACUUCACUGGGCACUCCUUCGUCUAUGGAAAGAGGCACGAGGACACCUUGACGCUCUUUCCCAUGCAUGGGGAAUCGGUGACGGUCACGAUGGAUAAUGUGGGAACUUGGAUGUUAACUACCAUGAAUUCUAAUCCAAGAAGCAAAAACCUAAGGCUGAGAUUCAGGGAUGUUAAGUGUAUCCGGAGUGAGGAAGAAGAUGAAUAUGAAAUAUACGAACCUCUACCAUCUACAUCCAUGACUACACGGAAAAUGCGAGAGUUUCCAGAAAGCCAAGGUGAAGGAGAUUCUGCUGAAUAUGAUUACCAGGAUCAACUGGCUUUAUCACUUGGAAUUAGGUCAUUCAGAAAUUCAUCACUGAAUCAGGAAGAUGAGUUCAAUCUUACUGCCCUAGCCCUGGAGAACAGCUCUGAAUUCAUUCCUCCAAGUAAUGAUACAGCUGCUGAUUCAAAUUCUUCUUCCCCAAGUGACAUUAGCGGGCUCAUUGACAAUAAGUUUGCAGAACCUAACAAAACCCUUCCUCAGCCUGAAACCACCACAGCUGGUCCCCAGGUGGGGCCCGGCUUAGGAAAGAACUCAGUUCUCAGCCCUUCCGCAGCAGAGCAUUCCAGCCCUUACUCUGAAGACCCUGUGGAGGAUCCUCUACAGCCAAAGGUCAUAGGGACAAGCCUCCUACCGCUUGGUGCAGAAGGAUUCAGAAGCCAAGGACAUGCUCAACGUAAGAGAUUCGAGGCAAGACACAGGUUCUCCCAGAUGAAAUUUCUAGGACAUAAAACCAGGGGACAUUUAAGCCAAGGCAACUCUUCUUCCAUAAUGGGGCCCUGGAAGGAGCUUCCCAGUGAUCUGUUACUCUUAAAACACAAGACUCUAUCUAAGGUUUUGAAUGAGAAAUGGCAUUUGGUUUCUGAAAAAGGUAGCUAUGAAAUAAUCCCAGAGGCUGAUGAAGACAUGGCGGUUAAUAAGCUGUGGAACAGCCCCCGGAAUGCCUCAAAGACGUGGGGAGAACACAUCCUUCUUACCAACAAGCAUGGAAAGCAAGAUGGCCACCCAAAGUUUUCUGGAAUUAAGCAUAAAUUUCUACAAACAAGACCUGGAGGAAAUAGUAGAGUGAAGAACAGCACUUUUCUCAUUCGGACACGAAAAAAGCCUGCACACCGCGCUCCUCUCUCUCCAAGGAGUUUUCCCAGAGGAGAGGGCAACCUCACCCUUUCAGACGGCCUUCCCAAGGCCAAUGAGACGUCUCUUCCCACAGACCUCGUUCAGACAUUCCCCCGUGGGAAUCUUAGCCUGGCAGCCUCACUUCCUGACCAUAAUCACAGUCUCCCAGACAGCACCGGUCAGACAAGCUUCUCGCCAGACGUGUAUCAGACAAUGCCCCCGGAACAGCUCUACCAAAUGUUCCCGAGUCAAGACUCUGAUCAAACGCAGUUCCCUACAGGCCCCAGUCACGCAGCUUCUCCAGAGCCUGGCCAGAUGCCUGACUAUGAUGGAGGAACCCAGUCCUUCCCUACCAACACUGGACAAGUGUCCCCUUCCUUAGAACAUGAAGUCUGGCAGACAACCAUCCCUCCAGAACUUAGUCAGAUGACCCUUCCCCCUGACCUCGGCCAGAUGACCCUUCCCCCUGACCUCGGCCAGAUGGCCCUUUCCCCUGACCUCGGACAGAUGAUCCUUCCCCCUGACCUCGGCCAGACGACCCUUCCCCCUGACCUCGGCCAGAUGGCCCUUUCCCCUGACCUCAGCCAGACGACCCUUCCCCCUGACCUUAGCCAGACAACCCUUUCCCCUGAUCUUGGCCAGACGACCCUUCCCCCUGACCUUGGCCAGACAACCCUUUCCCCUGACCUGGGCCAGGAGACUCUCUCUCCAGACUUCAGCCAUGCAACUCUCUCUCCAGACAUCACUCAGACAGGCCUUCCUCCUGAUCUCAGGCAGACAUCACCUCCUCCAGACCUUGCUCAAACAGCCCACAAUUCCGAAUCCAGUCCAUCCUCGCCUCUUCCAGAAUUUGAUCAUACUUUCCCUUAUUCAGACUUUGGUCAGAUGCCAUCUCCACAGCCAUCUCCUCCACUCUAUAACACCUUUAUAACAAGCGAACUGAAUCCAGCAGUUGUGUUUGGCUUCAGUGGAGAAAAUGGAGAGCACAUCGAGAUCAUACCGAGGAAGAAACAAGAGAGCAGUGAAGAAGACGCUCGUGAAAUAGACCUUGUGGCCUACGAUGACCCUUACCAAACCGAUAUUAGGAUAGACAUCACCUCCUCCAGAAAUCCGGACCACAUUGCAGCAUCGUACCUCCGCAGCAGCAACGGGAACAGAAAAUAUUACUACAUUGCCGCGGAAGAAAUAUCCUGGGAUUAUGCAAAAUAUGCACAAAGUGAAAUGGAUAACGAAGACACCGGUGAGGUUCCAGAGGACACCAUAUACAAGAAAGUAGUUUUUCGAAAGUACCUGGACGGCACUUUCACCAAACGGGACCCUCGGGGAGAGUCUGAAGAGCACCUUGGCAUUCUUGGCCCUGUCAUUAGAGCCGAGGUGGAUGACGUUAUCCAAGUUCGUUUUAAAAAUUUAGCAUCCAGACCAUAUUCUCUUCAUGCCCAUGGGCUUUUCUAUGAAAAGUCGUCGGAGGGAAAGAAUUAUGAAGAUGAGUCUCCCGAGUGGUUUCAGGAAGACAAUGCUGUUCAGCCAAACAGCAGCUACACCUACGUGUGGCACGCCACCGGGAGAGCAGGGCCCGAGAACCCCGGCUCUGCCUGCCGGGCGUGGGCCUACUACUCAGCGGUGAACACGGAACGGGACAUCCACUCGGGCCUGAUAGGCCCCCUCCUGAUCUGCCGGCGAGGAACCCUGCACAAGGAGAGCGGGAUGCCCGUGGACAGGAGGGAGUUUGUCUUGCUUUUCAUGGUCUUUGAUGAAAAGAAGAGCUGGUACUACGACAAGAAACACCAGAGUUCCUGGAGACGCGGAUCCUCGGAAGGAAAAGCCUCCCACAAGUUUCACGCCAUCAAUGGGAUGAUCUACAAGCUGCCUGGCCUGCGAAUGUACGAGCAGGAGUGGGUGAGGUUGCACCUGCUGAACCUGGGCGGCUCCCGGGACAUCCACGUGGUUCACUUCCACGGCCAGACCCUGCUGGAAAACGGCACUCAGCAGCACCAGCUCGGCAUCUGGCCCCUGCUGCCCGGUUCAUUUAAAACUCUUGAAAUGAAGGCAUCCAAACCUGGCUGGUGGCUCCUAGACACGGAGGUCGGAGAGAACCAGAGAGCAGGGAUGCAAACGCCAUUUCUCAUCAUAGACAGAGAAUGUAAGAUGCCACUGGGACUAAGCACAGGCGUGAUAGCUGAUUCACAGAUCAAGGCGUCGGAGUUUCUGGGUUAUUGGGAGCCCAAAUUAGCAAGAUUAAACAAUGGUGGAUCAUAUAAUGCAUGGAUGACAGAAAAAAGUUCAGAAUUUGACUCUAAACCUUGGAUCCAGGUGGACAUGCAAAGGGAAGUCCUGUUCACAGGCAUCCAGUCCCAAGGCGCCAAACACUACCUGAAGUCCUACUACACCGCUGAGUUCCGCGUGGCCUACAGCUCCGACCAGACCAACUGGCAGAUUUUCAAAGGGAACAGCACAAAGAACGUGAUGUAUUUUGAUGGCAACUCCGACGCCUCUUCAGUCAAAGAAAAUCGGUUUGAUCCGCCGAUUGUGGCAAGAUUCAUUAGGGUCUAUCCAACCAGAUUCUACCACAGACCUGCCCUGCGCUUGGAGCUGCAAGGCUGCGAGGUUAACGGAUGCUCCACCCCACUGGGUAUGGAAAGUGGGAAGAUAGAAAACACGCAAAUCACAGCCUCCUCGUUUAAAAAGUCCUGGUGGGGAGAUUACUGGGAGCCCUUCCGUGCCCGCCUGAAUGCCCAGGGCCGUGUGAAUGCCUGGCAAGCCAAGGCAAACAACAACAAACAGUGGUUACAAAUCGAUCUGCUCAAAAUCAAGAAGAUAACUGCGAUCGUUACACAGGGUUGCAAGUCCCUCUCCUCUGAAAUGUACGUGAAGAGCUACGCCAUCCACUACAGUGACCAGGGAGUGGAAUGGAAACCUUACAGGCAGAAAUCCUCCAUGGUGGACAAGAUUUUUGAAGGAAAUAGUAAUAUCAAGGGGCACGUGAAGAACUUUUUCAACCCUCCAAUCAUUUCCAGGUUCAUCCGUAUCAUUCCGAAAACGUGGAAUCAAAGCAUUGCCCUUCGCCUGGAGCUCUUCGGCUGUGAUAUUUACUAGAAUUGAGUAUUCAAAGAGACAGGAAGGACUCUUAAACACAUCAAGCCACUUAGAGUGGGCAAUGUAUUUUAUAGCUAUGUUAAAUCCUCUAUUAGAGAAUACAAUUUUAUAUGUGAAGUUUUUAUAAUGUAACUCCUGGCUACCAUUAAUUGAGAUGAUAGCUGUUAUUUUUGCAUUAAUUUGAAUGUAAGUGGGAAAAUAUCAAGAACCAACAAGAAAAUGGCUUAUCUUUCACAAUGAUUAAAUAUGCUCUAUAAAGUAAUAUUCUAUUCAAGUAGUUAACAUGCUUCACCAUAGUUCUUUUAAACCCUGAACAUAUUAAUAAAAGAGAUAUUAAUUUUUAAAACCAUA